UCAAUAUGUUAACAUCUGAUUUUAAAUCAGCUGUCAUCACUCUAUAUUUGUCAUUGGGUACAUGUUAGCUUUUCAACUGAAAUACAAUUGAAGCUUUGAAUAACUUUGACAGGCUGCUGGUACAGUAUGUUUUUAUCAGUGUGUGCAUACAUCUUCGUGAGCAUUCUUUGUUUACAUUUUGUUUCUGAAGUGAAAUGUCGAGAAAUGUUUGAAUCGUCUUUGGGUUAUAUGGAUGUGACAGUAGUUAAAAACAAUCUUUGGGUUCCGAUAGUCACCGAAAACCUCGGAAUGUGCGCCAAGAAGUGUGCCUUCGUUUCCGACUGCAGAGCAUUUUCCUAUAAUCGGAUUUCCAAAGACUGUUGGGGACAUUCAGAGUUUUACACCACGGAGUCAGGAAAAUUGAUUCCUGAUCCUGGAACACAGUACUUCAACAGAAAAAUCUACGUCAAACCCACAACAAUUCAACCAACAACAGAGGCUAUCACAAAAAAAUCACCAAAAGGUCAGAAUGGUAACAAAAAAGCUGAUGUUUCAGACGCUACUGCUGUAUCUACAAUACAUGGCUCUACAUUGGGUCAAACUACUGCACCUAAGUCAGAUGACAUUACUUCAGAACCAACCAGUUCUCUGCUUCAAGGACAAUUUACUACAGAAACCAGCACUGCAUCAUAGGAGAAAAAAAAUUAACUCAAAAACAUGUAUUAUUGUACCUCUAGGAUACGAAAUUGGUGUUCGUGUAUUAUAAGAUAAAUGUU